GCUAUUGUCGUUACAUACAACAACUAUUGGUUCUAGUUUUCAUAAGCUGCGUUAUUUAUUGUUUUGUAUUGUUGGUAAAUACAAACAAUAUGCCGGUAAAACAAGCUGGAAUUACGUGUUUUUUCCUGGUGAUGAUAUCAAUAAUUAUUACACCGUACUUUCAAAAACGUAUUCAUACAACAAAUAGCAGAGGUAUUCAGAAUUCCGCUAUAUUGUAUAUCAUUUUGAAGAUGCUAACUUGUGUGUUUUCAGUUUACUUUCUACAUCGAAAAAGUAAUGCAAACGAACUUGUAUCACUUAAGUCCUUUUUUGAUACUUUAUAUUUACCGAAUAAACAAAGUCUUUGUUUUUGUGUUUCGAUCUUACUGAGUUCGAGUCUUUGUCAGUGCGUUACGUAUUUCAAUGCUACCUCUAAAGCUGGUAGAUGUCUUGUUCAUUUACCUAUCUAUGUUUCGUCCAUUAUAGUAUCAUUCAUACUAGUAUUAACGUUUUCGUCAGUAAUAAAUAUAUCUCACAUUACAUGGGCUAGUAGUAUCUGUCCAAAUUAUCAAGGAAUCAAAGUGAGUGCAGAUAAUACUGCACUGUAUGGAACUCUUGCAGGACUACUAACUGUUCCGUUAUCAUUGGAUAUACUAAAUGACAGAACUAUACAGUGUAAUGAUUUUAGUAUGUAUGAAGCCGUAUUGACAUUGCAACAUUUAGUCAGUAGAACUUUCAAUACAAUGGAGACACAAACAUGCAAAAUGUCAGUUGAUAAUAAACGAAACAUCAGGAGAAUUUUUGUCUGUACUACAAUGUACCAGGAGUCACAGACAGAAAUGGACAGAUUACUGGCAAGUAUUAGAAAUAGUUCAGCUUCAAAGCUUUUGAAAAGAGAACACAUUGUUUUGGAAACUCAUAUAUUCUUAGAUAAUGGUGCUGAUGGACAAAAUAUCAAGCAGUUUGGUCUUCAGUUACUGGGCUUGAUAGAAGACAAUAUUAUAACAGAGACUAACCAAGGAAUAAUGCUAUUUACGCCAUACGGAAUACAGCUUUCCUGGAAGAUUGACAAUGGAAUACCAUUAUUUGUUCACUUGAAAGAUGUUUCAAAAGUCAAGGCGAAAAAGCGUUGGAGUCAGAUAAUGUAUAUGGAGUAUGUCUUAAACUAUCGUUCGCCUAUCUUUCGGAGGUCCUCUGAAAAUUUGUCAAAAAUUCAAUCCUACGCAGAUUUGCUUUCUGUAGAUGCAAUAGACUCGCCUGAAGGGAUAAACGAAACCACUCAACAUGAUUUUACAGUUAUAGACUACAAAUGCAAGUCGCUUGUAAAACAUAAUGAGAUUGAUAUUGUCAAAACAGAUGCGACACUAGUCCCUUACGUCAAAAUAUUUGUAGGCGAUACGAGCUUAAAAAAUGGGUCAUUUUACAGAAUAAACACCAUAACAGAUUCACAACAAAUACAUCACGAGCAGGAUAAUUUUUACUGUGAUGAUUAUAUUCUUGCAACUGAUGCUGAUAUGACUUUUCCGGAUACAAGUAUAUUGGAAGUAUUACAUAUGUGUGAAUCAGACCCGACUGUUGGGGCUGUCUGUGGUAGAACAUACCCUAAAGGGGUUCAUUGUCGUCCUAUUGUCUGGCUGCAGAUGUUCGAAUAUGCUAAAGAUUUAUGGAUAAUUAAAAGUUCACAGAAUAUCAUUGGUUCAGUUAUGUGUUGCCCUGGAUGUUUUAGUAUGUACAAACUAGAAGCUGUUAAAGAAGUGGUUGCAGAAUAUUCGGUACCAGUGGCAAACAUUGAAGAUGUUUUUACAAAAGACAACGGUGAAGACAGAUGGAUGUGUACGUUAAUGAUGUUGAAGGGAUGGAAAUUACGAUAUUGUAGUCAUGCUAAAAAUUCAACGUUCUGUCCGGAAGACAUGGCAGAGUUCAUGAAACAACGCCGUAGGUGGAUACUAUCAGACUAUGCAAACGCAGUAUUGGUUAUCCGAAUGCUUAGAACCUUGAUAUCUGCAAACGAUGCAUUUUCCAUUCUGUACGUCUUCUACUUAUUGCACCUAUUCAUUUCAACGCUUUUAUAUCCGGGAGCUACAAUCGUUACACUGUGCUUCGGUUUUGAAAUGGCGACUGGUGCACCUCUCUUCAUUGUAGCUCCUGCGGUAGUUGCAAUAGUGUUUGCCUACUGUUUGAUGUUACUCAGUCAAGUUUCUUCAACAAUGCAAUUAGUCAUCACAAAAAUGUUAAUUAUUGUCUUCGGGGCAGGAACAGUCUACAUAUCUGUGCCUUAUACUGUUAUUGUUUUUAGAGACUUAACAAAUGGCUUUCAAGAUGGACAUUUUGAACAUGCAGACAGAUUUUUAGUUAUGAUUGUACUUGGUAGUUACAUAUAUGGAGCUAUUUUAUACCCAACUGAUGCAUGGAUAUUGAUAACAGGUGCCGUGUACUUGUUUUUUAUACCAUUUAUGUAUAUUAUACUACCUGUCUACGCAAUCUGUAACAUUGUGGAUCAAUCAUGGGGAACACGUGAUGAUCUACCAAACAGAAAGGGGAAAAUAAAGAAAGGACUGGAACCGCAACAAGUUGACACAACGUUUUUCAGAAGUUUGAGUGCAUCAUCUUUUAGUUUAAGUGACUUCAACCAAACUGAGUUUAAAUUCUGGGAAGAACUGGUCUCCAACGUUAUCGGGUCAUCUGUAUCAAAGGGAAUAUCAAACGAAGACAGGAAAAUGGGAUUACAGUUAUUGAGAAAGAAGGCGCUAAUAUUCUUUCUUAGUGCUAAUCUAAUUUGCGUGGUUGCACUGGUAGGAUUUUAUGCUUUUUCGAAGCAGACUUUAGGUAGUAAAUCCGCAUUUAGCAUUGUAAUUGGAUCAACGCUAUGGCUAUCACCCCUUAUUCAAAUAUCCGGUAGUACUGUGUACAGAAUCAAUGAUACCUUGAAUCGUAUAGGUCGAUGGAUAAUCACUGUGACAUAAAUAUGAACAUAGCAGUAAUAAUUUCAUGAAAUGUAUGGCGGUGGUCAAUAUUACAACGGUUGUAUUACUAGUGCUACUGCAUGUUGACCCUUAACAUUCAUAUUGAAAUUUAAAAGUUUACCAAUUGCGUAAACAAUUUCCUUCUAUCACAAAAAAAUAAAAGACUUAAAAUCAAUCACUUUGCCCUAGAAGUUUACAUGUAUAAAUAAUCGGAAAUAAGAUUUGAACGGCUACAAUAGACUAUCGGUUAUUGACCUCCACAUACCAAUACAUCAGAUUUAAACAUAAUACCAAUUAACUGAAGCGAAUCGCCAAAGGGGACGCAAAAAAAAAAAGAAUUUUCCAAACAUGAAAUUGAAAUAUUUGUCAUAUUUGUAGCUACUUUUAAAUGCAAAUUAAUAAAAUAAAAUAAAGGCGGCGAUGUACUAUGAUUGUCAAUAAGACAACACGCAACAAGGACCGAGAAUGUAAACAGCUAUAAUAGGAGCCUCUAGCCUUUGUUAGUCUUGUAUUAAAUUUAAUUUUAGUUUCUUGUGUACAAUUUGGAGUUUAGUAUGGCGUUCAUUAUAACUGAACUAGUAUAUAUAUUUGUUUAGGGGCCAGCUGAAGGACGCCUCCGGGUGCGGGAAUUUCUCGCUGCAUUGAAGACCUGUUGGUGACCUUCUGCUGUUGUCUGUUCUAUGGUCGGGUUGUUGUCUCUUUGACAUAUUCCCCAUUUCCAUUCUCAAUUUUAU